AUGGCCGAGAGGGAUCGGUCACCGGAGGCGGCCCCCGGCUCCUCCCCCCGCCGGGCUGCCAGCAAGGCUAGCAGUCCCACACGGCGCCCCCAUAGCCGGAGCCCGCUGCCGACCGCAACGCGAGACCCGGUGACCGGGCUCUUUGUCGUGUGUGAUAGCCGGCUGCCGAAGGACCGCCGGGCAAGACGCCAGGUGAUCCGCGCGGCCACGCUGGCGGCCCUGCGCGAUGCCCCGCCCUUUCCGACGGUUGAUGGCGAAGCGGCCACUCACCUGCCUGCCUCCGAGGACUCUGGCCAGUCUCGUGCGGUGCACUUUUCUCCGCAUGUGCUGGUGCGAGAGAUUGAACACCGCGGUGCCCGAGCCCGGUCGGCUUUUCUGGGCCCUGUGCAGCUUGACCACCUGAAGUACACCGAUAUGUCGGGUGGAGGCUCGGAUGCCGAGCCGGAUGCCGAGCCGGAGGCCGAGCCGGAGGCCGAGCCGGAGGCCGAGCUGGGUGUCGCGCCGGAUGCCGGGUCGGAGGUCAAGUCGAGCUCCGACCCGACAUUUUCCAAUGCCCCGCUGCGGUCGGCUUCGCUGCCGCCGCCGCCCCCGGUCGCGCUGGAUCUCCCGCCGCCAGAUGUCCAGGAUCAGAUGCCCUUCGUGCCGGCCCCGGCCAAUAGGACUCCAGCUGCAUCGAUCCUGCGCCGAGGAGCACCUGGGCCAACUGAUCCGUCAGCGAGUGGAAGGACCCUGGGCUCGGGCUCGAGCUCGAGCUCGAGCUCCGAUUCGGAGUCCGACUCGGAUGCCGAGAGCGACCUCGGCAUGGGGCUGAGCUUUGGCGGAGCCCAACGCGCGAGUCGCCUGUCUCUCCGGCCACCCACACUGGCGGCCAGCCGGCGGGCUGCCGGAGCUCAGCGCAUGAGUGCACGCGCGAUCAACCUCCAAAACGAGCUGGGCCUCGGCCCGGGCGCGGCGCGUCCCUCACUCGAAAGCAUGCUUGGCGAGGAGGCGCGCUUUGAGUCCGACAGCGACCUGGAGUUUGACGUGGAGGCAGUGGCCGCCGCGGCCGACGCGGCCCGGCAAGCCGACGACCCGUAUGCCGAAGUCCUUGCGCUGAUGCAGCUGGGCCAGGAGGCGGAUGCCGAGUCCGGCGACUCGCCCACGCCGUCGCGGCUGGAUCUCGACCCGCGGGAUGCUGGCAGCCCGGAACUGUCGGCCACCGCGUCACUCAUUGUCGAGGCUGGCCGGCGGAGACCAGGUCACCCAGGCGGCCGGAACCAGCAUCCCCUCGAGCCGGAGGACUUCCUCCAAUUGGACUCGGCCUCGGACUCGGGCGAGGAGGGCCUCAGUCCAAGCAUCAGUCCCCCACCGACCCCGGCCUCGGCGCACUACAGCCCGGCCUCCGGGGCCCCGGGGCCGGAGUCCGUCCCAGGCCUCUGGCAAGCCCGGUCCCCCUGGCGAUCGCCCCGCACCAUGGUGGAAGAUCCUCGACGCGUGGCCGGCCAGGAUCGCGCCCAGCGGCGCCGCACCAGCCAUGCUCUGCUGGAAGCACGUGCCGAGCAGAGCUAUCGCCACGCGGUGGCCGCCGACUCGCCGAUCGCCCCCGGCACCGAGGGCAGCCCCUCCAAGGGGUUCGCCCUACACGGGACACCGGCCAGCUUUGAAACCCGCCGUCGUGAGGUGUUCUCCUUCCCGGACUGCAGGCUUGGUCAAUCGGCCGCGGCUCUCGAGAAGUCCCCCAAUAAGUGGGGAUCCCAUGCACCGGGCACUGGCCGUGAUCCGGCCCAAUGGACACUCUACAACCUGGCAGACGACCAGACGGACGACGAUCCGGCCGGCCAGCAUCGGCACUCGGCCUCCGAUGCCAAUAGUUUGACGGCCUAUCUGCUGAUUGAUCGGAUAAGGAAGCAGAAACGGGCUGCUCUCGCUGCCGCGGCGGCGGCUACGGCGGCGGCGGCGACAACGGCAGGAUCUGCAGCCUCCGACCCGCCUGGCGAUGCAACGCCCAUUCCCCCGGCCGAGGUGUCCUCGGAGCUGCCCAUCGAAGAGAGCCCCCUCGAGCCGGGUCCCGGUAUCACGGUUGGCAUUUUGACACGUCGUCGAACGCGGCCGCGGCUUCCCCCGGUGGAGGGUGCUGACAAGAGGACGAUUCUCUUCACCGAAGUGGAUGCUGGCGAGGGGGCGCCUGGCCAGGGGGCGCCCGUGGGCGGCCGGACGCGCCCAGCCAAGCGUGCUCGAACCGCCGGCCGCCGCCAGCCUCUGGAUGAGGCCAGUCCGGCCGAUGACGGCCCUGAAGCCACGGCCGACGGGCCGAUUGCCGGGGCCGCUGUCGUGGGGGCUCCUCAAGGGACGCCUGGGCGUCCCAUUCGUCGUGCCUCGCGCCAAACAAAACACUAG